AUGUACAUAGACGUAGGUGCCUAUGGGAAAAGUAGUGAUUCAGCAAUAUUCCAACAAACUGACUUUUAUAAGAAGCUCAUGAGGAAUACUUUAAAUAUUCCAGAGCCCCUUCAAAUUUCGGAAAAUAGCACAACGCUUUUUCCUUACGUAUUUGUAGGCGACGAAGCAUUCGGGUUGAGCACAAAUGUCAUGCGCCAAUUUGGAGGAAACAACCUCAGCGUCGACAAAAAAAUUUUCAACUACAGACUGUCGAGAGCGCGCCGUUACAUCGAGUGCACUUUUGGAAUUUUCACGAACAAAUGGAGAAUUUUCCACAGACCAUUGAAUGUCCACACCGAAUUAGCAAAAUCAAUUGUGAGAACAUGUUGUGUCUUGCAUAAUUUUGUGCGUGCUAGAGAUGGGUAUUCAUAUGAUGAUACUCUGACAGUAACCGGUUUUGAAACUAUAACACAGCGAAAUUUUACUAGAGGAGGACGUGCUGCUACCACAACUCGAGAUAACUUCAUGAAUUAUUUUGUAAAUGAAAACCCACUUUCAUGGCAAAAUAAUUGUAUUAAUUAA